GUGACAACAACAGCACGCGCCGAGCCCGAGCAGCAUCCCUUCUGGCCCUGCCCAACCAGCCCCCUAAAACACCCCAGAAGAAGAAGACGACGAAGGCUCCACACCCACGGGCCAGCGCUGGGGACCUGCUGGCCAGCGACACCCUCAGCCCCAACACUGCCAGGACAACACCUCCACCACCGCCGCCGGGAAGUCUUAACCUUCUCAUGCAGCAGAAGUAGAGCUCUCAUGGGCACGUCCACCCUCGACCACGACAAUGGACCCUAGGCCGCCGGUGUGUGGAGGAAAAGAGAACAAGGAAAGAACGAGGACAACAACAACACACUCAGCUUCCGCAAAGAAGGACAAGCAGGACCCGGACGGUGACAUCAUUAUGAGGCUUGAGUACGGUCUCCUGAACUCCUCGUCCCUGGAGCUGAUUGAGCAACCCAUCACCGACCCGUACGCUCUCAACAGCGCGGAGACGGUGGUGAGCAUAGCCAAGGGGUGCGAGGAGGAGGUGUGCAAAGUGGACAUGCAGACCGAGGUGGCGUUCCUGGAUGGCAAUAACAGUUCGGUCAUCAUAGGCAAGAUCAACCGGCUUGAGGUGACAGCAAGCAACAAGGGGGAACACGUGUACCUCCCCAGCCUAAUGGUGAGCCUGGCGCCGCCCCUCGUGGUCUUCCAGCCUCCUCACCAGUGCAUCUUCCACUCCUCCGAGCUUGUGUAUAACUUGACCAACCCUCUGAAGAGCAGUGCUGAGAGCGUGUGAAGCAGUUUGCCAACCUGGUCCUGGCCCUCAUGAUGCUGUUCGCCAGGUACAAUCACUGGAUGGUGGCCGACAAGUUUGAGAGACUCGCCCCCUCACUGGUGUUCUUCAUGCUAACCUGACGGCUCAUCGCUGAGUACCAAAUCCAGCGGAAGGAGAAGAUGGACAAGGCGGCGGCAGCGGCCAAGAAGUCACCCGCCGCAGUCGCCGAAGGGAAGGACGGAGGAACAGCCGCCAACUCCAUCGCUGGCGGCUCCACAUCUACUCUCGUUUCCUCCUCCUCCUCCUCCUCGCCCUCCUCUUCCUCCUCCUCCUCGCCCUCCUCCUCCUUUUCUCAACAUGGACGGUCGAAGGAGGAUGUUUAGUGUGGAGGUGUUUGAUUGGGGUUUGUGGUUCAGUGUUUUUAUUUUCAUUUGUGUGUGUGUGUGUGUGUGUGUGCUACCCUUCCCUCCCUCCCUCGCCCCAAUGUUUGUCUCUAGGUGUUUGUAGGCGAUAAGAUGACCUUUCAACACACCUUCUCUCUUUCCUUUAUUCUUUCCCUCUUUACGACGUUGUUGUAAGUAUAUGUAACCUUGAACUAACGAAAUACAAGUUACGUGAACCCUACCCUCGAGAUAUGUUAUUUUGAUCUCUGUACGUAUAGGCAAGAUUACGUCUCUUAAACUAACGAUAUAUAAGUUAUGUCAACCUUAACCUGCGAGAUGUUUGUCUAAGUAACUUCAAUUCACACUUUGAUCUCUGUACGUCGAGGCAAGGUUACGUCAGCCCAGCACUCACUGUUUGCUUAUUUCUCGUCUUUACGUAGACGUAACAUUACGAUCCUUGUAUUGUUGUAGGACUUGUGUUGUGGAGAGGAAGUAUUGCUGUAGGACUUGUGUUAUGGAGAGGAAGUAUUGCUAUAGGACUCGUGUUGUGGAAAGUAUUGCUGUAGGACUUGUGUUGUGGAGAGGAAGUAUUGCUGUAGGACUUGUGUUAUGGAGAGGAAGUAUUGCUAUAGGACUCGUGUUGUGGAAAGUAUUGCUGUAGGACUUGUGUUGUGGAGAGGAAGUAUUGCUGUAGGACUUGUGUUGUGGAGAGGAAGUAUUGCUAUAGGACUUGUGUUGUGGAGAGGAAGUAUUGCUGUAGGACUUGUGUUGUGGAGAGGAAGUAUUGCUGUAGGACUUGUGUUGUGGAGAGGAAGUAUUGCUGUAGGACUUGUGUUGUGGAGAGGAAGUAUUGCUGUAGGACUUGUGUUGUGGAGAGGAAGUAUUGCUGUAGGACUUGUGUUGUGGAGAGGAAGUAUUGCUGUAGGACUUGUGUUGUGGAGAGGAAGUAUUGCUGUAGGACUUGUGUUGUGGAGAGGAAGUAUUGCUGUAGGACUUGUGUUGUGGAGAGGAAGUAUUGCUGUAGGACUUGUGUUGUGGAGAGGAAGUAUUGCUGUAGGACUUGUGUUGUGGAGAGGAAGUAUUGCUGUAGGACUUGUGUUGUGGAGAGGAAGUAUUGCUGUAGGACUUGUGUUGCUGAGAGGAAGUAUUGCUGUAGGACUUGUGUUGUGGAGAGGAAGUAUUGCUGUAGGACUUGUGUUAUGAAAGAGAGAGUUCGUAAUGACAAUAUAUUUUAAGUUCUUCCGACUCGGAACGACAACACAGGCUCGGGAUAAACGGUUACGUAGAGUCGGUUACGAGGAGGUUCUUUUCGGCUCCAUAUAUUACUUGUCGUCUCAAGGAGGUACAUACAUAUAUCGUUUAGUCAUGUACGCCGGGUUUUUCAAGCAUGGUAGUAGUAUCAAGCUCUGUGGCUGGUGUGACUUUGCUUCUAAUUUUGAGAUGGAGUUGUUAGCUAGAAGUCCUGGAUUUUCAGAGUGAAGUCAACACAUUAACAAACCAGCAAAGACAAGUCAGCCACAGUGUUCUUGACGAAGGCUAAUACAGCGUUUGAACAUUCAGGCGCUAAUUUCUUUGUUCGCCCUAAAGAUGAAACAAUCCAUUACUCUGUUGGCAGCCCAGAAGUCAAGUAUUUGUUCAUUAUUAAGAGGAAUAAAAACACUUUGAAUUGUU